ACGUCCGUUCGUUCGUUGGGUUCGUUCGUUCGGUCUCGCCCGCUUCCGCGCCGCUCGCGCACAAGUCGAUGUAAGGUCGGCGUGUCGUGCCGCGAAGGGAGUGUCGCCGGCCAUCUCGACGCCCUCUCGAACCGUUUGGACUCGCGACGAUUCCGACCGAUUCUCGCCGGCCCACCAUGCUUCGUUCUAUGUUCCUCUUGACGGCUGUGGUCGAGCGCCGGUUGCAUUCGCGAGAUUGCGACGCUGUUCCCUGAUCGGGUGUUCUCGAAGAGUUGCUUGAACGAGACAUCGUUUGGCUUUCGAUGGUAGGAUCGUCGAACGAUACCAAAGUGUAGUUGGUUUUUUGGCUACGAGAACUCGAACUAGCGGAGUCGUAUGUAAAGAGUGACUCGAGGAAAUUAGGAUCGCGAGUGAAAGGAUCCGGAGCCCGUUGAGAAGAUAACGCACGGCCAGGGUGUUGCGCGUUCGAGGAACGAUCGGACAGCUUCGAUCUUGGAAGAAUAGAGAGACGUAUCCCGAUUCGGCAUGACGAGACGCACCACGGGACGGUAGUUCCUGGUUGAUAGGGAUGUCCUCGUGACAUGUUACCCCGUGACCUUGGCUGUCGCGACUACAACGCUGUCCUCCGUGGAGAGGCACGCCUCCUGGCGCACGGAUCGAGCGAGGAUAACGGUCGAUCGGUGUCGUUUCAUCCACGUGGAGUCGAGUACCGCCUGCUGCCCGUGGUACAGGUGAAACCUGAUUACGCGGUCCCGUAUGUUCUCUGCUGGAGGGUACCCAGCACGACGAUCCACAGGAUCCAGGUCCCGCUACAGCAUCAUCAUCAGCAUCACCGACAUCAACAUCGUUAUCAGCGUCGCCAUCGACAGCGUCGUCGCCGACACUUUCAAGCAACGGCUACGCCUCGAAGACAUCCUGUCCCGUUCUUCGCGGCGUCCGGCUAUCCUUUUCCAUACGCUUGUAGUAGCUCGCAGCGAGGCGAUCUUCCUACAGUAUCUGGUAUGGAAACAAGGUACAAAGCGAAUCGUUGCGUGAGCGGGGGCGGUGGCCGCGCAAACAGUGCGACUGGCGGUACCGGAGGCGGUCUAGGUAACGGAGGCAGCGGCCGCGGGGGCGGCGGGGGCGGUAGCCCCGGUAGGGGCGGAGGAGGAGGCGGCGGAGGAGGCGGCGGAGGAGGCGUUGGAGGAGGCGGAGGUCGCGGCGGAGGACUAGACGGUGGCGCGGUACCUGCUACGCCACCGACCAUCAGCCGUUACCACCACCGCUACCAUCAUCACCAUCAUCAUCGUAAUCACGACCACGUCACCACGACCACCACGGCGGACGCCACUACCAUCACUGGCGUCGCCUGGCAUCUCAGGCACAAACUACCCCUUGGAAAACAGUGCCUCGAACAUCGUCUUCAGCACCGGCAUCACCAUCGGUCCCCCUAUAGGGCCGUAAACAUGGGCCAAAAGAUUUCAGGCGGUGUGAAAAGCGUGACACGUGAGGCUGCAGCUGGAUCUGUUGGUGGAGUUGGCGUCGGCGGUGGCGGCGUCGUAGCGUACAAACCCGUGGUACCAAGAGAGCUGGCGCAACAUUUCGCGAGGCCACCACGGCUCGAUGUCCUGCUCGACAUGCCACCCGCCUCGCGGGAGACGCAGAUUCAUCAUAGCUGGAACGCCAACGACCGUAGCCUCAACAUAUUCGUCAAGGACGAUGACAAAUUAACGUUUCACCGACACCCAGUGGCUCAAAGCACAGAUUGCAUAAGGGGGAGGGUAGGAUACACGAAAGGUAUGCAUGUCUGGGAACUGUUCUGGAGCACGAGGCAAAGAGGCACGCACGCCGUAGUGGGCGUCGCGACGGCAGAGGCACCUCUUCACAGCGUCGGAUACCAGAGCCUGGUUGGCAAUAAUGAACAAAGUUGGGGUUGGGAUCUCGGUAGAAACAAGCUUUUGCACGACUCGAAGAACAAUGCCGGUAUCACGUACCCGGCUCUACUUAAACCCGACGAAACGUUCAUUGUUCCUGACAAAUUCCUCGUGGUCUUGGACAUGGACGAAGGUACGUUAGCUUUUGUUGUGGAUGGUCAAUACCUUGGAGUCGCAUUCAAAGGCCUUAAAGGCAAAAAGCUGCAUCCUAUUGUAUCCGCUGUAUGGGGACACUGUGAAAUCACGAUGAAAUACAUCGGUGGACUUGAUCCCGAACCAUUGCCUUUGAUGGAUCUUUGUCGAAGAGUGAUUCGAAAACGAAUCGGCAAGGAUAAGAUAGAGGAGAAAGUGAAUGCGCUGAGCUUGCCGUUAGCGGUGAAGACUUAUCUUCUGUAUCGUGACAGGAGGUAACUACCGAGUGCUAGCUCCGAAACCACUACUACCACCACGAUUACGACUGUGAACACCACCGCCCUAUUGAAUCAUUGCCACCACGACGCACAGGGGAACGCCCGCUACCCCGUCGCAAGCCACCGAACGCACCAGCCCAUAAGCCGCUUGUACGACCCAUGGUGUUUGUAUCCAUGUAAAGAUAAGUCGAGACGAGCACGAUCAACGUUGUCGUCGUCGUCGUCGUCAUCGUCGUCGUCGUCGUCUUCGUCUACAUCUACGUCUACGUCUACGUCUACGUCUACGUCUACGUCUACGUCUACGUCUACGUCUACGUCAUCCUCAUCAUCAUCGUUGGCAUGAUAUUUGUCACCAUUAUCAUAUGUUCAUCAUUGUCGUUGUCAUAGUCGUUGUUAAUCUGAUCGUUAUCGUCGUUGUCGUUCCCGCAUACAAUCGGACGAAGCUACGAGAAAAAAAAAAAGAAGAAAAAUCGGACGCGCAGACGGGACACAUACGCGAACCGUAUCGGGUCUAGCGAAUUAUUUAGAUAAUAUUGUUGUCUUGUGUUAACGUCGAUAUGAUUAAAAUCAUGACGAAAUCUUUAUUAAUUGUUAAUAAUGAAAAAGUGACGUACGAUGCGGAUUUCCGAGCACAUCGCUCGACGCUGUUAUUUUGUCACUCUAUUUUCUUUUUCUUUUAUUAUUAUUUUUUUUUUUUUUUUGUAGUCCUUUAAGUUAUCGCAUUUCUAGAAUGUUCUGCGUCUGACGAAGAAGAUGCAAGGUGAGAAAUCGAGGACCUGAGUGUGAGGAUGAGAAUACAUACACGUUGCGGCUCGGUCAAGAGGAAAAAUCAAUGGAAAAAAAAUGAUCACAAGGAAAAUAGUUCUUCACACAGUUGGCCAGUAAAACGUUUAGUCGAGUCUAAAGGCUGAUACGGAUAACGUUUCGGUUAUUAGUCAACAAUGGGUAGCGGGCUUGUACUAGUCCGGGCACACUGCGCUAAUAGAAAACGAGAAGACAAUGGAAUAGAAACAUACAUUUGCUUCACAACUUGAGCGAAGAAAGAAAUCGACGAAACUUCGAGUAGAUGUCACUAUGCGGACAGUUGUUGCUCACGCGGCUAUCGAAAAAGAAAAUGUGUGUGUAGUGACGAAGAUGCCAGUCGAUCGAACAGCCACCUUCCAAUAGACUCAUUUUUCAAAUAUUUUCUAAGCAUGCUAGGUCUAAUAAAAUAUAGUGGUGUACAUGGUUCGUGGAUGGGCACGAGAAAAACGAAAGAGAAUUUUGAGAAAUAUAUAUAUAUAUAUAUAUAUCGCAUGUCGCAUAUAUAUAUAUGUAUAUAUGCGAUUCAAUGAGUAACACGCCUCUGAUUGUUCUGUGUAUUUCGUCUUAUUUUGUUGUUCGUUUAGUUAGAAAAAACCCUUAAAGGAAGCAUAUGUAUCACAGUUAGAAAUUAUCACUAAAUGACGUUUGGGCGGAACUUUACGAACAAAGGAGCCACGAAAAUUUAUAGCGUUAUACGAAUAUCGAUCAUUUGAAGAUGUUUUAACGAAACUGGAUGAAGAGAAAAGCGAUAGACAGCAGUAACUUACCGCGAUUAAGUUAAUUGAAGUAAAAAAAAAAGCAAGAAGAGAACGAAGAAGAUUAGGUGUACGUAGUUAAACGUUUUAGUUAGUUAAACGGUGAGCGAACGAACACGGUCAUAUUACGGCUGAGUAUAUUCCAAACACGAAUUAAAACUGACUGGGAGAGUGAAAAAGAGAGAAAAAGAACUGCUGUGGCAUUAGUGUGUGAAUGUUAUGUUUAUGAUACAAUGCAAAAUCAUGCCGACGAUCCUGAAAAUAUAAUCACGAUGACGAUGACGCCCAUGAAUGAAUUGCGAUGAUAGUAAAAAAUUCUAUCGGGCGUGUUGCUACCUAUACUAUUAGCAUGACAAAUUAUGACUGGUCCCUAGUAACUCUAAUCUUACGUUUAAUCUUACGUUUGUCGCUUAAGUUUAAUCAUAAUGUGCCGUUUAACGGCGAUGUCGAUUUGUACAUAGGAUAUAAUUAUAAUAAUGAUAACAAUAAUAAUAAUAAUAUCUAUCGGUACGACAAUGAAUGUAUUGUGGGUAGUGAUUGUAUCAAAGACCGUAAGGACGAACCGAAUGCGAGAAAAGAAAAGAAAAGAAAAGAAAAAAAAGAAAAGAAGAAAAGAUAAGAAAAUAUAAGCAUAAUCCUCUCGUAUGAGAACAAGAAAAUGCCGAGGCAAAACUAUCGAUGAAAACAGCGCUCCACUUUUCCCUUUUGUUCACGAAGGUACCAUUUUCUUCUGUUUACUUUAUUUCCUUAUAUUUCUUUUAAACUCUUUGGAUUUCUUUACAUUUUCCUUAGACUUUCCACAAACGAAAUAAGAUUUCUUGCUGAUACCACGCAUUGUUGUUCAUUCUCGUCGAAAGCGAGUUCCACGAAGGAACUCGCGUUACAAGAACGCGUCUUCCAGAUUGUCUGGCCGGACAUACAGUUACAUCUUUCAGAAGAAAAAAGAUUGCCAUCCUUUUUCUUCCAACGAGCGAAAACUUUUGUACCAUAGACCAUGGUCACAUUUGUUUAACGACCCACCGAGUUCAUCGAUAUAUCGCCAACCGAAGGUUUCAAUGACACGCACGAUCUCGCAAUCGGCAGCCACUGCGUCGUGAUCUUGCGGUCCUCAAUACGCACACCCAAAUCACUGUCUGUUAGAGCAAUGUUCAUCCUUACUAUCUUUGCUCGAUUUUCCGCUCGGUCGAGAUCACUUCUCGAGCUACGGAAAACGCAUCAAGAAAAAUGGAAAAAGCAAAUUUAAAAGGUUCGUGACGAAGGAGAGAAGGGAAAGAAAAGUGAAUGCUCGCCACGAACAUUCGAAAUUAUAGCUAGAGCAAGAUCGCACACCGUGUGUGUCGCGCAGCGGUAGAGGAAUUUACCAAGAUCAUAGUGACGUGACGUCUUUGUCGUGGACGAGAAAACCUCCGCCUCGUUUGUAAGAAUAAGGAGAUGAAAGAAAAUAAAUAACAGGACAGUUAUCUGGAGUGCGACGUGGCCGGAAAUACACACCGUUCGUCGAAGACUUCUGCCACGUUUGUAAGAAUAAAAGAGAUGAAAGAAAAUAUUGAUAAGAGGGCGAUUUUCUCGAGCGCGGCGUGGCCGGAAAAAACACACCGCUCGUCGAAAACCUCAGCCUCGUUUGUAAGAAUAAAAGAGACGAAAGAAAAUAGAUAAGAAGACGGUUCUCUCGAGCACGGCGUGGGCGUCGUGCGUGUUGUCUCGUAUGCGUGAAACAAAUGUCUCCGAAUGGAAGUAAACAGAGCACACAAAUAGCGAGUAUAACGAAUAAAAUUGUAUAAGGUUAACUACGUAUAGGAGAGAAGAGUCAAGAAGGGUGUUUUCGACAACGCAGAGAGAGAGGGGGAGAGAGAGCGAGAGAGAGAAAAAAGAGGAAAAGGAAGGAUUCACACACGCGCAGAAAAAAUAUUUUCUUUUUUCCCAGGAGUAAUACUCUCCUCUGACUUCGUGUUGUACCUAUUCUUUACCAACUAUUUUCUAUAUAAACCAACGGACGAUUUCAUUUUCUCUUUAUGCGCGUGUCACGCUCCAAGCUAGAGACAGGUCAAAAAAGAAGAUAAUAGAGUUUAGCAAGAAUGUUGUAUAUAUUAUUGAUUAAUGAUUAAUAUUAAUAUUAUUAUUGUAUCGGCUCGAUAGUUUAAUUGAUUAAUCAAUUAUAUCGUGGUAGUCGGCAUAAUUGUGGAUUCAGUUUUUGUACGGUAGGAAGAAUGAUCUACUUAAUGCGAUCGAUCGAUCGACAAGUAUUAUAGAUUGAAAAACGGGUAGGUAAGUUCUCUUCGGCUCGUCGCUUUAUGAUUACGAUUUUACUACUCGUUUUUAGUUUUUCUUUUUCUUUUCAUACUUCGCGUCCGAGCGACGAUGCUUUCGGGAUAAAUCACAGAGACUUUCUAUUAUUUAAAUCGCAUCGAAGAUUUAACGAAAGAUUAUGGAUUACACCGAAUAAAGCAAAGUAAAAAGUAAAGAAACGUGUUUUUAUACCGGUGCGUGUUCGUGUUCUAUCGCAACGCGUUUUCUUCUUGCUUUCUUUCUUUUUUUUUUUUUUUUACAUAUUUCUUUUAUCGAUAAGCGUAUUUUACAUUAAUUUCUUUUUUCUACGUUCUAAAUUUUAGUCUUCGUAUUUCGACAUUCUUUUCUUUAUGCAUGGUUAUGCAUAUUAGACGAUACCCUUUCUCAGGUUGAUCUAAUUUUCUCUUUUUACUUAAUUAAUAUAGUUGGUCUUAAAAUGAAAACGCAUUAGUCGAAAUUAUUUUAUCUAUGUGCGAUUCGACAUAAGGAUUGAUCGAUCGAUCCAAUGACCCAAUGGAAUAAUUUUCCUUUUAGUAUGCGUCAAACUUCACCCGUUCAAUUCACAAAUAGGACUUCCGUUGAUGUUUUAUCAACUCGGAUGAUCGAGUUCAAGAACGAACAAUAUAAUUACCAAUGAUCCGCGCGAAAAACUGAUAGCUCGAUCGAUCGAUCGUCCAAUGGAAUAUCUUCACGAUCGAUAAAGGAAACGCGGUAACGUUCUAUUCAUUUCCGCUGUCGUUGCGGAGGAUGUUUGAGAACUACGGGACAGAAGAAAAUACAAAAAAAUCACACGAAAAGCGUGGGUGUUUCGAAAUAUUUUUCGUCAACUGCCUGCUGCCUGCCUGUGCAAACUACGUUGCCUCAACAAAUAUGUCUAAUUUAUUGACGAUACGAUAAUUAGCGGGACAUUUAAGCUGCGUGCGUGUAAGUGAUAGCCGACAAAAUAAGAUGCUGUGUAUGUGUGUAUGUACGCGUGUGCGUGUACUUUCGGCCGAGAAUGAGUGUGAAAGAAGCGAGUAAACUGAAGGGUGUGUGAGUGAGUAUGAAUGAAAGAAAGCCGGAACAAGGAAUGAGCGCUCAUCUGGCACCGGGUGGUCUUCGACAGAAUAUUCGUUCCUUUCCCGUUCUAUCUGUACGUUGGCGAAAAAAAAAAAACAAUUUUAAUGGUCAAUCAAAAAAUGUAUCCAAGUCUCGUAAAUAUCGAAAUAAGCAUAACUAAAAUGAAGUUGGUUACAUGGAAAAGGUGAAAGAACGCGAUAUGUACAAAGACCACUCCCGGCCCAAUUUACAAGCCUGUUUCACAUAAUGUUCUUUUCUCAUGUGUUCUUUUUUUUUCCUUUGAAGCCUGAACUAUUGCAACGAGCGAUCUCACGUCUAUUUAAGCAUAAGUUUACGAGUUUAGCAUGGUAUUGCUGUAUAGUGGCGAGUGAACGCGAAGAAUUUAUAAAUAUGUAAUGCCUUAAUGUUAUAUAACGAUAAUAAUGGAAUACCGUUACUGUAUAAUUAGUGACGCGCGAGGACUGGGAGAAACGAUGAUCGUGACAAGUUAGAUAGAACGAAAGGGUGGGCGGUAAGAAAAUAAAUGACGAACGAACGAGCAAACAUAAAGAAAGAAUACGUGUAACAGACAAAAUAACAAAGAGGAGUGUAGUACGUGCGGCCGUUUGUCUCUAUUCUGUUCGUGAUUUGAUAUUUUUUUAUAAUUCCGACGACGAGGGCGAACGAUAUUAGAGAGAAAGAGAGAGGAAGUGAGUAUAAAUGGAGCGUGUAUAGAGAACGGACUGCUAUCUAAAAUAGUUCAGGCUAGAUGUCGAUGUUUGUAGCAGAUAAAGAACAAAAAAAAACACAACACAGCAUAUUGUAAUUAAAAUUAAAAGUCAUUAA